UGUGAACCACGUGAAGGAUCGUCCUGCUCCUAUCCGUGGAACCGUGACUCAAAAGUCUCAAACUACUGGUUUUUCGACCUUUUUAGAUCCGGAGAAAUUCGAAGAUCGCUGAUAACGGAACUUGAAUCCACCUCUCUCGUUUUCCGAUGGAGAGCGUCUUCGUCGUUCCUCACUUCGAUUAACAUUUACAUAAUCUGCCAAGGGAAUUCCUAACGACGCUUGAGAUAAUUUGGGAUCCGUAGGUGUUUGUGGAAAUUACCGGUCGUAGUCUCAAGUGGAAGAAGAAAGAUUCGUGGUAAUUCCUGACAAAGAUCGUGCCUGUUAUCAAGAAAGAAGGAUUUUCGUAAUUAAUUAUUGGAAUGGAUCAAAGAAUGCGAAGUGCAAGUGACAAUUUGCUCUCUGCAGUGGUGCCCCUGUUGAAACUCCUGUGCCUUACUGUAAUCGGUCUCAUCCUUGCCCAUCCACGGACCCAAAUCAUCCCUCGCGCCACCUUCAAGCUUCUUAGCAAGCUUGUUUUUGCCCUCUUCCUCCCAUGUCUCAUUUUUGUCCACCUCGGUCAAUCGGUCACCUUGGAUGAUGUCUUGCUUUGGUGGUUUGUGCCUGUUAAUGUGCUAAUCAGCACAGCUAUAGGCUGUGCUCUGGGUUACAUUGUUGCUCUUAUUUGCAGGCCCCCACCUCAGUUCUUCCGAUUCACUGUUAUCAUGACCGGUUUUGGCAAUACAGGAAACCUCCCAAUUGCUAUUGUUGGAUCAGUUUGCCAUAGCUCAGAUAAUCCGUUUGGACCUGGUUGCCACAGAACUGGGAUUGCUUAUGUAUCAUUUGCUCAAUGGGUUGCUGUCAUCCUUGUUUACACGUUUGUUUAUCACAUGAUGGAGCCACCAAUGGAGUAUUACGAGAUUGUAUCAGAAGACAAUGAAAUUGUGGAGGAACCAAUCAAUAAUAUUAGUAUGCCAUUGCUUCAUGAAGCUGAAUGGCCAGGAAUAGUAGAUAAAGGAACAAGACAUUCCAAGAAACCAUUUAUAGCCAGAGUGUUUAUGAGCAUUUCCGGGUCAUCAAACACAUUCCCUGACAUUGAUUUCUCAGAAGAGGGGGGAGCAGAUGUCGGGCCUAGUAGUCCAAAGUCCCUGAGGUGCUUGGCAGAACCAAAGGUCAUUCGGAGGAUUAGAGUUGUUGCUGAAGAAACUCCAAUUCGGCACAUCCUUCAGCCCCCAACAAUUGCUUCUUUGUUGGCACUUAUAGUGGGAAUGGUUCCGGUGUUGAAAGAUUUUGUGUUUGGGUAUGAUGCACCACUUUCUUUCAUCACUGACAGUUUGGACAUCUUAGCUGGUGCUGUGGUUCCCUCUGUAAUGUUAAUUCUUGGAGGAAUGCUCGCAGAAGGUCCUAAUGAUUCAGCUCUUGGGAUCAGAACUACAAUCGGCAUCACUAUAGCAAGGCUUGUGGUACUUCCAAUGAUAGGGAUUGUAGUGGUGGCUUUAGCUGAUAAGUGGCAUCUUUUGAUUGAAGGAGACCAGAUGUACCGUUUUGUGCUUUUGUUACAGUAUACUACACCAAGUGCUAUAUUGUUGGGUGCCAUUGCUAGCUUGAGGAAUUAUGCUGUGAAAGAAGCUUCAGCACUCUUGUUCUGGCAGCAUAUAUGUGCUGUGGUAUCUCUCUCACUCUAUAUUGCUAUUUACUUCAAGCUGCUAUCCUAUGUCUAAGGUCAGGACCUUCUACUUGUUUUCCUGAAAAAUGGUUGCCAAACAUGCGUACUGUUCUUGGUAUGUUACUUUUGUGGUCCAAAAUUAAUAAUGAUUAGGUUGUGUGAGUAGCUUGUUUAGUUGUUUCCGAAUUAUGCAACGACGACAAUGGGGAAGUUAUCUCUUUGUAAAUUGUUAGAUGAUGACCUUUUGUAUCUUAUGAGUUGCUCUACAAAAUUCUUAUUUGUUCUCUCCUUA